AUGAGUAACAUUCUGAAUACUAGUGCCACUUGCCUGCACAAUUUUUUAAUCCAAAUGAAGAACUUAACUUCGAGACAAUCAUUACGCUCUUACCUCGUAAUAUAUAAUUUCCUCCUCAUUAUAUUUCUAUUAUUUUUGCUAAUAAAAUGCAGGAAUAAAUGUAGACGCACCAAAAGGCUAGACCCCUCUCCACGAGUUGCACACAAGCAGGUGGAUGCUCAUCCCACGGAGGAGAGUAGCAAAGAGGGGGGACAAAGCCAAAACAACGGGGGGAGUAAAAGACGGGGUGGGAGCAAAACCAGAAAUGGAAACCAAAGAGGGAAUGGAAACCAAAGUGGGGAUAAAAACCAAAGCGGUGAUAGAAACCAAAGCGGGGGUAGAAACCAAAGCAGGGAUAGAAACCAAAGCAGGAAUGGAAAUCAAAGCGGGAAUGGAAACCAAAGUAGGGGUGGAAACCAAAGCAGGAGUGGGAGCAAACGGAAGGCGCAAAUCACAAAUAAGAGUCGCGCAACAAGCAAGGGACGAGCCAACAGCAAAGCACAAAAUAAUGGUAAAGGGAGAAACGCAAGCAAAGGGAAAAAAACUACAAAGGGAAACCCCAAUAGAAGCACCGACUUCGAACAAGAACAAAACGUGGCGAGCACAAUAAACAGCUUAAGGUCCAGAGCGAGCAAUCAAAAGGAUAAUGCCCAACGAGAAAACUCCCCUAUAAAUACAAAAUCAAGUAGAAGAACAGGAUUAGAAAUGGCACAAAUGAAUAAAAUGGUGACAUCCAAUUCUAUAUUCGCCUUUUGA